AUGGCUAGAAAAUCCAAACUUACCAGUUUAACGAGCUCUUCACCCUUCGCAUAUCUUCUGGAUUUAUGUGUCAAAUCCAAACUAUUCCUAAACGACGUCCGUACUGUCCAUGCAUCUAUCAUCAAAUCUUCUUUCUUCAACGAGAUCUUUAUACAAAAUCGUCUCAUCGGUGCCUAUGCGAAACGUGGGUCACUCCAGGAUGCACGCAAAGUGUUCGACAAGAUGCCUCAACGAAAUGUCUACACUUGGAACACUCUUGUAACGGCUCUGGCCAAGUUAGGGUUCUUAGAUGAAGCUGGUUCUCUCUUCCAGUCAAUGCCUGAGCGUGAUCAGUGUACUUGGAACUCCAUGGUUUCCGGGUUUGCUCAGCGUGAUAGGUGUGAAGAGGCUUUGCAUUAUCUCACUUUGAUGCAUAAAGAAGGAUUCUUGCUGAAUGAAUAUACUUGUGCCAGUGGUCUAAGUGCUUGCUCUAGUCUAAGUGAUGUGAACAGAGGUGUACAGUUACAUUCUUUGAUUGUGAAAUCGCCUAGUUUGUUGUCUGAUGUUCAUAUAGGUUCUGCUCUUGUUGACAUGUAUUCCAAAUGCGGAAAGGUGGAGGAUGCUCAGCAGGUUUUUGAUGAGAUGGGUGGUCAUAGAAAUGUUGUCACUUGGAAUAGUUUGAUUACAUGUUAUGAACAGAACGGUCCUGUAGUGGAAGCUCUCAAUGUUUUCCGUUUAAUGUUAAGAUCUAGUAUUGAGCCAGAUGAGGUUACAUUAGCAAGCGUGAUUAGCGCAUGUGCAAGCUGCUCUGCGGUCAAAGUUGGUCGGGAAGUUCAUGGACGUGUUGCUACAAACGUUAAGUUAAGGAAUGAUAUAAUUUUAAGCAAUGCUUUUGUUGAUAUGUAUGCAAAGUGUGGCAGAAUAAAAGAGGCUAGGAUCAUAUUUAAUAGCAUGCCUAUCAGAAACGUAAUCGCUGAAACGUCCAUGAUCAGUGGGUACGCAAUGGCUGCGAGCACUAAGGCUGCAAGGCUCAUGUUCACCAAGAUGACAGAGAGGAAUGUUGUUUCAUGGAAUGCGCUUAUCUCUGGCUAUACGCAAAACGGGGAGAACGAAGAAGCUCUUAAUUUGUUUUGUCUGUUAAAGAGGGAAUCAGUAUGCCCAACGCACUAUACCUUUGCUAAUAUUCUAAAGGCAUGUGCGGAUCUUGCAGAGUUACAUCUCGGCAUGCAGGCUCAUGUGCAUGUAUUGAAGCAUGGGUUUAAGUUUCAAUCUGGUGAAGAAGCCGAUAUAUUUGUUGGCAAUUCCUUGAUAGAUAUGUAUGUAAAAUGUGGCUGUGUAGAAGAUGGUUAUCUUGUGUUUAGGAAGAUGAUGGAAAGAGAUUGCGUCUCCUGGAAUGCGAUGAUUAUUGGAUUCGCGCACAACGGUUAUGGAAAUGAGGCUCUUGUGUUGUUCAGAGAGAUGCUUGGUUCUGGAGAAAAACCAGAUCACAUUACCAUGAUUGGUGUUCUUUCUGCGUGUGGACAUGCUGGAUUAGUUGACGAAGGACGGUAUUACUUUUCAUGCAUGACCAGAGAUUUUGGUGUGGCUCCUCGUAAGGAUCACUAUACGUGCAUGGUUGAUUUACUCGGCCGAGCUGGAUUUCUGGAAGAAGCGAAGAAUAUGAUUGAGGAGAUGCCUAUGGAACCAGAUUCGGUGAUAUGGGGUUCUUUGCUUGCUGCUUGUAAAGUUCAUAGGAACAUGACGUUAGGCGAGUACGUUGCGGAGAAGCUUCUUGAAGUAGAGUCGUCAAACUCAGGACCAUAUGUUCUUCUUUCUAACAUGUACGCUGAGAAUGGACAAUGGGAGGACGUGAUGAAUGUACGGAAGUCGAUGAGGAAACAAGGAGUCACAAAGCAGCCAGGAUUUAGUUGGAUAAAGAUACAAGGACGUUCUCAUGUUUUCAUUGUUAAAGAUAAAAGACAUCCUCGAAAAAAGCAGAUACACUCUAUUCUUGAUGUUCUAAUAGCAGAAAUGAGACAGGAACAAGAUCAUGCUGAAACCAGAUCAAUCUCGUCUGAGGAAAUGAAUUAUUAUUCAUCUAGUCUUCUUUGGGACAAUGUCUUGUAAGUCCAUUCUGUGUUUUUUUUUAAUUGAAAAUUCAGGGAAAUAGAUAUAUGAUAGAAUCACUGGAUAUUUUCUCUUGCAUUAAUACUUUUUC